AUGCUAUCAAGAUUUGUUCGUCUGGGUCCUAGCACUGCAAAGGUUCUGCGGUCGUCUACUUUAUCUUCAUGUUCUAAGAGAGUGGCUUUGGGAGUUGCCAACAGAAGGCAUGUUUCCACAAAACUUAUGCAAGGCGUCAAUAUGCGGGCUUUAAACCCAUCUUCUAGAAUAACAGGAAUCAGGCUACCGUAUCAGGCUCGUUGGGAGUCUACAUCGGUUAUGGUACCCCAAAUGGCUGAAUCUUUGACGGAAGGUUCCCUGAAGGAGUUUACGAAGAAGGAAGGUGAAUAUAUCGAGCAGGAUGAACUGUUGGCAACUAUAGAGACCGACAAGAUUGAUGUUGAAGUCAACGCCCCUGUUAGCGGAACCAUCACGAAGCUAAACUUCAAGCCCGAUGAUACGGUUACGGUUGGCGAAGAGUUGGCGCAGAUAGAGCCUGGUGAGGCAUCUGCUUCUUCCGAAGCACCAAAAAAGGAGGAAGAACCAAAGAAGGAAGAAGUUCAGCCAAAGAAGGAGGAAAAAGCACCUAAGAAGGAAGCUCCUAAGAAGGAGGAGCCAAAGAAACAGGAGCAGCCUAAGAAACAAGAGACACCAAAGCAGCAGGAAACUGCCACGCCAUCUUUCACAAAGUUCUCACGUAACGAGGAAAGAGUCAAGAUGAAUCGUAUGAGGUUAAGAAUUGCUGAGAGGUUGAAAGAGUCACAGAACACAGCUGCCUCUUUGACUACUUUCAACGAAGUUGAUAUGUCAGCAGUUCUCGAAAUGAGAAAGCUUUACAAAGACGAAAUCAUUAAGAAGACUGGCACCAAAUUUGGUUUCAUGGGUCUUUUCUCCAAAGCAUGUACCUUGGCCGCAAAGGAUAUUCCAGCGGUUAACGCUGCUAUAGAGGGUGAUCAAAUUGUGUACCGUGAUUACACAGAUAUUUCGGUGGCUGUCUCUACGCCAAAGGGUUUAGUUACGCCCGUUGUUCGUAACGCGGAAUCCUUGAGCGUCCUAGAAGUUGAACAAGAAAUAGUCCGUCUAAGUUCGAAGGCCCGUGAUGGUAAGUUAACUUUGGAAGAUAUGGCUGGUGGUACUUUCACCAUCUCUAACGGUGGUGUCUUCGGAUCCCUGUACGGUACUCCAAUCAUUAACAUGCCUCAAACUGCUGUGCUAGGUCUCCAUAGUGUUAAGGAGAGACCUGUCACUGUCAAUGGUCAAAUUGUUUCAAGGCCAAUGAUGUUUUUGGCUUUGACUUACGACCAUAGAUUGUUGGAUGGUAGAGAAGCAGUUACGUUUUUGAAAACUGUUAAGGAACUGAUCGAGGAUCCAAGAAAGAUGUUAUUAUUCUAA